UUCGCGAUGUAACUUAUAUUGGUUCGCUCUUCGCCUUUCCGAUGACCAAGAUUCAUUUUUUCUUCCAAGCAUUCCCGUUUCCGGAAAAAGGUCGAUCGCCACUUUUAUCUACGAAAAGGCGGCUGGAGAUCAGGAGCCGCACUAGCCCACUUCGAUCGAGCGAACAGAAACCCUAGAAGUCCGAAUUGAUGAGCUCAAUCAGGAACUCUCUCUUGGACCCAAGUCUGUCAAAGAUCUGUCGCUCAAUGCAAAUCCCCACCAGUACAAACCAUGGAUGCGUCAAGUUCUUAAUCGUAUGGAGCGAAAAGUGUUUAUUCAAGAACAAGACCCACAAACAUUUGUUUCUUCUGCAUAUGUAUCGAGAAAUGUGCACGAUAUAUUUAAGGGGAAGAAUUUACCCAAGAGGGUCGUAUCAAGCAUGAACGUCGCGGUGCGUGAUGCGAUAAGGAACAAAACACAUCUGCGGAUACCCUUCAAGUGCAAGCCUACUGCGAGCGAUGAAUAUAAGCGACUGAUGAAGUUUGUCGAGGCCACGAAAACCGCAAUCCAAGAGGAAUGUUUCAAGCCUCUGAAAUACACCGACCCUAAGGGUUGCAGGAGAUAUUCUCUGCUACCGGUGUAUUCAUUUCAAAAACGCCACAUCGCGCUUGAUGCUCAGUCAUUUUCCAAGCUUCUAUGCUCCAGUGGCAUAACGAAAAGAACAUUUCACAAGCAAAGAAGCUGCACGGUAAGAGUAUUUUCGCUUUUUUAAGAUGGAGAAGAUUGGUUUUCCUGCGCUUGAAAGUCUGGAAACAGACCGCUGUAUCUUUUGGGAUACAAUUAUCACUGAUGGCACCGACGUGCAAUUCGCUUUUAAGAAGCCGAAACGAAUUACCCGGAGUUGACCCUGGGGUGACUGACGUUUUCGCGCUGUGGAUGGUUCUGGAGCAGAAGCGCAUCGAAUUCGCAAG